CCAGGACAUCAUCGCAACGGUGUUGUUGUUGCUUUUUGUUUUUGCCUUAAUUUACUUUGGCGCAUAAAUCAAAUAUUUACAUUCCGAAAUUGACGUCUUGAAAGCGCGGUCGCAAAAAACUCGGCGUUCUUCGUCCUGCCAAGGAGGUUUCCUUUCAGUAGCGUGUGUGUGGCCUUGUGAGUGUGCGUGUGUGUGUUGGAAUUAAUACCUAAAACAAACAGUUAUUUGACCUGCAGCCGAUUAGUGAAGAAGAAGAAGUGGCCAAAAAAGUGAAAAGACUUGGCUUUGAAGUUGAAAAACAAGAAUUACCUCAAUAUUAACUCAAGCUCAAGACAUCAAAAAGGGAUAUUAAUUGCUGUGCGCAAACAUUCGGCAGCAGAUCCUGGCAAAUAAAUCGUGCGGAAAACUCUGGCCAAAGAUUUUCCACCUCUCGUUUAGUCCGCGUGGCAUGCAACCGUGUAGUCCAGCGGGAGAAGUCGCAAUGAUGCCGCCGUCGAAGAGUCCCGUGAUGGAGAGCGCCGCCUCCGACCAGAAUCCGAGUCAGCAAAGUCAGCAGAGUCCGCCGAGUGGCGGCGAUCAGAGUCCUGCCAAACGGGCUUGUCCUUUGAAGUUCUCGAUAGCCAAGAUCAUGGAGCCGGAUCACAAGCCCACUCAAGCAGCGCCACCACAACAGCCGCCGCCACAGCAGCAUGCACAACCGGUGCAGGAGCCCAUGGUGCUCAUCCAGGAGGACGAGGACGAUGAGGAUCCAGAUAUUGAUGCGGAUUCGGAGCGCUCCUGCAGUCCCAUUGAGGUGAUCAGCCUGGAUCACUCACCCUCCGCCGUUAAUUACGAUUCCGCCUUCAAGAAGUAUGUGCCGGGUGCCUGCACGGUGCCCACUUCAUCGACGGUAGGAUCUUCGCCAUCGAGCACGAGCAGCGCUGCAGUGCAGCAGUUCGUGAGCUCCCGCCACCAGGAGCUGCUCUCCCAGUAUCCCCUGCUCUACUACGCCCCCAAUCAGCUAAUGUGCGCUGCAGCUGCCGCCCAAUAUGCCGCCUUGACCGCCCAACAACAGUCCCUGGCCAGCGCUGCUCACCUAAGCAGCUUCACUGCGUCCCUGAAUGCCACACUGCAUCAUUCGCAGUCGCUGAGGAGGAACUUGGGACAUCCUCUGGCGGCAGCUGCUGCCGCAGCGGCCGUUGCCCAGUCCCAGGCUGUGCCCAGCAGCCUGCAACAGAGUCUGGAGAAGUCACCGGUGGCUCAGAGAACGUCGUCGUCGUCAGGCGUGUCUAGUGGACUGCAAGGCAACAACCUGAAGAGGAAGCGAUCGCCUCAGGAUCAGGGUGAGGUGACACCACCACCACCGACUGCCGCAGCUGGCGCAGCAGCCCGGUCUCGCUCCCGCUCUCCAUCGCCGCAAGGUUCCGUGGAGGACAGCAGCCCCGGAUCGGCAAAUGGGGGCAAGCCCAAGACCUUCUCGUGCCUGGAAUGCGGCAAGGUGUUCAAUGCCCACUACAAUCUCACCCGCCACAUGCCCGUCCACACCGGAGCGCGGCCCUUUGUGUGCAAGGUGUGCGGCAAGGGAUUCCGACAGGCCUCCACCCUCUGCCGGCACAAGAUCAUCCACACGUCGGAGAAGCCGCACAAAUGCCAGACGUGCGGCAAGGCCUUCAACCGAUCCUCCACGCUGAACACCCACGCCCGCAUCCAUGCCGGUUAUAAGCCAUUCGUUUGCGAGUACUGCGGUAAAGGAUUUCACCAGAAGGGCAAUUACAAGAACCACAAGCUGACCCACUCGGGCGAAAAGGCGUACAAGUGCAGCAUCUGCAACAAGGCCUUCCACCAGAUCUACAACCUCACCUUCCAUAUGCACACGCACAACGACAAGAAACCGUACACCUGCCGGGUGUGCGCCAAGGGAUUCUGCCGGAACUUUGACCUGAAGAAGCACAUGCGCAAGCUGCACGAGAUUGGCGGCGAUCUGGAUGACCUGGACAUGCCGCCGUCCUUCGAACGGAGGCGGGAGUAUACGCGCCGGGAGCCCCUCUCCUCUGGCGGUUAUGGCCAGGCCUCGGGGCAGCUAACCCCUGACUCGAGCUCUGGCAGUCUCUCGCCGCCCAUAAAUGUGACCACGCCGCCUCUGUCCAGCGGAGAGACGAGCAAUCCAGCCUGGCCGCGUUCUUCUGCCUCCCACUAUCCCGCCGGAGGAUUCCAUCACCUGGGAGUAGUGGCUCCGCCGCAGGACUAUCCCAGCUCCGCCUUCCUGCAACUCCAGCCUCAGCAGGCGCAGCAGCCACAUCCACAGCAGCAUCCGCCUCAGCAGCAGCAGCAGAGGCUCUCGGAGACCUUCAUUGCCAAGGUGUUUUGACAGCGAUACUAUGCGGACAGCUUGAACAGCUCCACGGCGGCAUCGACGACCAGCACCCCGGUGACCAACACGACCACAGCGGCCACGUCCACGUCCACAGCGCUGGCCAGGAGUGACCUCCUGAUCGACUGACUGCAGUUUGUGGCAGCGGCAGCCGCUGCUAGCAAUCCGAACUCCGGACAGGAUCUUGUGCUUCCGCGGAAGUCCCCCUCGCCGGAGCUUGGAUGCACGGCCCUCGGAAGUGCAGUGAGGGCCCUGAAUGGACUCUUUUAAGAAUGAAGACCAGCUCCGAACUCCAAACUCUCAUUCCCCUUAAGACCUCAACAGCCACCAAAUGGUUUCAACUUGUGCAAUACCCACUCAGCAGAUGACGAUGGUGAUGAACCUACCGCUCAACACACUUCUACCCCCCUCUGUAAAUAGUUUAUCCCUAAGACGACCCAAGUGUUAUUCGUAGUCUACGCUCUAUUUAAGCUCUCUAAAUGUAUUAGAUUUAGUCACAGGACAUAGCUAGUUAGUCAUGAAUGUGUAUAUGUGUACCGCACUGAGUCCUGUGUCGGCCUCUGACACAGAUCCUCAAGAGUGCUUUAGGUAUAUAGGAGAAAUGUUUAUGGGGAGUCAAGUCAACCGAAAUACAUAGCUUAAUAUGUAUCUUAGAGUUGUACUAGAUAUCUGUAUCUAAGUGUCUGUUUAAUCCAACACAAAAGCGAUGAAAUUGAUUAUCGAUCGAAGAAUGCAUUGAAUUUGUU